ACAACGAUAUCUUUUAGCGAGAUCCUAAUACUUACCUUCGAGGCCAUAAUUGUCAUGCUAGGAGUUAUGGGAAACAUUUUAGUGAUCAUAGUCAUGAGUCAUCUUGGAAAGAAGAAACAGCCAGUGGAUGUGUAUGUGCAAAAUUUAGCCAUAGCAGACCUUGGUACCUUGUUGAUAACUUGUCCACUGGUGAUUAUCAGAAAGGAAAUCAGCUGGCCCUUCGGCAGGUUUGCUUGCCUCUACUUUUACCCUUUGGCGGAAAUUUUCUAUGGUGCAUCUGUGUGGUGCAUCGUGGUCAUCGCAGUUGAGCGCUAUCAAAGAAUGGUUUCCAUGAAAAUACUUUACCGCAAUCGGGGAAACAAAACCUUGCUAAAGAGAGCAGAAAUUAUUGCUGCAGGCGUGUGGGUGAUAUCAUUUUUAAUAUUUUGCCUUCCGCUUUACUUUGUGGUUGAUUACUUUCACCUUUCAAAUGGAGGUACCUGCGAUCCUGUCAAGUGGUCAAAUUUCUUAGCGACAGUAUAUAUCGUAAGUUUAACUCUGCUUACAUACAUCCUGCCCCUUGCUGUAAUAUCACUCACUUACCUCUCUAUAUCACGUGUGUUAAGGCAGAGCAAUGAUUUUAUCAGAGCUAUGAAACAACAAGUCCACGAAGCUAUGUCAGAGGCCGAAAAAAGGGUUUUUCUGACCUACGUAAAAAGCGCACGCCUAAGGCAAAACGCCCAAGCCAAGAAAAUUCUGAGCCCUAUUGUUGUAAUAUUCACGAUGACAAUGCUUCCUUUAAACGUGUCUCGUCUGACCAUGGUGUUUUGGCCAGCAUUCUUCGAGAAAGAAUACUUUGCACAUUUACUUCAUGCGGUGAUAGUUUCUACGAUAAUCAACUCGGCGGCAAAUCCUGUAAUUUAUUCUAUAGUAAGCAGAGACUUUCGCAAGGGGAUAAAUAAGUUGUUCCACCAUAAU